AUGAGGGCUGGUCGGAUCGUGCGCGACUCACGCGAGCCCGACCUGCGCGGGCCGGUUCGGUCGAGCCCGAUCUUCACGGACCAAAUCCGAAGCCCCUCCUGUCGAUCGAUACGGGUCUGCUCGGACCUGAGCUCGGCUGGUCGGAUCGUGCGCGACUCAAGCGAGCCCGACCUGCGCGGGCCGGUUCGGUCGAGCCCGAUCUUCACGUACCAGAUCCGACGCGCCCUCCUGUCGAUCGAAACGGGUCUGCUCGGACCUGGGCUCGUCAGGGCUGGUCGGAUCGUGCGCGACUCAAGCGAGUCCGACCUGCGCGGGCCGGUUCGGUCGAGCCCGAUCUUCACGUACCAAAUCCGAAGCGCCCUCCUGUCGAUCGAAACGGGUCUGCUCGGACCUGGGCUCGUGAGGGCUGGUCGGAUCGUGCGCGACUCAAGCGAGCCCGACCUGCACGGGCCGGUUCGGUUGAGCCCGAUCUUCACGGACCAAAUCCGACGCGCCCUCCUGUCGAUCGAAACGGUGAGGGCUCGUCGGAUCGUGCGCGACUCAAGCGAGCCCGACCUGCGCGGGCCGGUUCGGUCGAGCCCGAUCUUCACGUACCAGAUCCGACGCGCCCUCCUGUCGAUCGAAACGGGUCUGCUCGGACCUGGGCUCGUGAGGCCUGGUCGGAUCGUGCGCGACUCAAGCGAGCCCGGCCUGCACGGGCCGGUUCGGUUGAGCCCGAUCUUCACGGACCAGAUCCGACGCGCCCUCCUGUCGAUCGAAACGGGUCUGCUCGGACCGGGGCUAGUGAGGGCUCGUCGGAUCGUGCGCGACUCAAGCGAGCCCGACCUGCGCGGGCCGGUUCGGUCGAGCCCGAUCUUCACGGACCAGAUCCGACGCGCCCUCCUGUCGAUCGAAACGGGUCUGCUCGGACCUGGGCUCGUCAGGGCUGGUCGGAUCGUGCGCGACUCAAGCGAGCCCGACCUGCGCGGGCCGGUUCGGUCGAGCCCGAUCUUCACGGACCAGAUCCGACGCGCCCUCCUGUCGAUCGAAACGGGUCUGCUCGGACCUGGGCUCGUCAGGGCUGGUCGGAUCGUGCGCGACUCAAGCGAGUCCGACCUGCGCGGGCCGGUUCGGUCGAGCCCGAUCUUCACGUACCAAAUCCGAAGCGCCCUCCUGUCGAUCGAAACGGGUCUGCUCGGACCUGGGCUCGUGAGGGCUGGUCGGAUCGUGCGCGACUCAAGCGAGUCCGACCUGCGCGGGCCGGUUCGGUCGAGCCCGAUCUUCACGUACCAAAUCCGAAGCGCCCUCCUGUCGAUCGAAACGGGUCUGCUCGGACCUGGGCUCGUCAGGGCUGGUCGGAUCGUGCGCGACUCAAGCGAGCCCGACCUGCGCGGGCCGGUUCGGUCGAGCCCGAUCUUCACGGACCAGAUCCGACGCGCCCUCCUGUCGAUCGAAACGGGUCUGCUCGGACCUGGGCUCGUCAGGGCUGGUCGGAUCGUGCGCGACUCAAGCGAGUCCGACCUGCGCGGGCCGGUUCGGUCGAGCCCGAUCUUCACGUACCAAAUCCGAAGCGCCCUCCUGUCGAUCGAAACGGGUCUGCUCGGACCUGGGCUCGUGAGGGCUGGUCGGAUCGUGCGCGACUCAAGCGAGCCCGACCUGCACGGGCCGGUUCGGUUGAGCCCGAUCUUCACGGACCAGAUCCGACGCGCCCUCCUGUCGAUCGAAACGGGUCUGCUCGGACCGGGGCUAGUGAGGGCUCGUCGAAUCGUGCGCGACUCAAGCGAGCCCGACCUGCGCGGGCCGGUUCGGUUGAGCCCGAUCUUCACGGACCAAAUCCGACGCGCCCUCCUGUCGAUCGAAACGGUGAGGGCUCGUCGGAUCGUGCGCGACUCAAGCGAGCCCGACCUGCGCGGGCCGGUUCGGUCGAGCCCGAUCUUCACGGACCAGAUCCGACGCGCCCUCCUGUCGAUCGAAACGGGUCUGCUCGGACCUGGGCUCGUCAGGGCUCGUCGGAUCGUGCGCGACUCAAGCGAGUCCGACCUGCGCGGGCCGGUUCGGUCGAGCCCGAUCUUCACGUACCAGAUCCGACGCGCCCUCCUGUCGAUCGAAACGGGUCUGCUCGGACCGGGGCUAGUGAGGGCUCGUCGGAUCGUGCGCGACUCAAGCGAGCCCGACCUGCGCGGGCCGGUUCGGUCGAGCCCGAUCUUCACGGACCAGAUCCGACGCGCCCUCCUGUCGAUCGAAACGGGUCUGCUCGGACCUGGGCUCGUCAGGGCUGGUCGGAUCAUCGUGCUCGAUUCAAGCGAGCCCGACCUGCGCGGGCCGGUUCGGUCGAGCCCGAUCUUCACGGACCAGAUCCGACGCGCCCUCCUGUCGAUCGAAACGGGUCUGCUCGGACCUGGGCUCGUCAGGGCUGGUCGGAUCGUGCGCGACUCAAGCGAGCCCGACCUGCGCGGGCCGGUUCGGUCGAGCCCGAUCUUCACGUACCAAAUCCGAAGCGCCCUCCUGUCGAUCGAAACGGGUCUGCUCGGACCUGGGCUCGUGAGGGCGCGUCGGAUCGUGCUCGAUUCAAGCGAGCCCGACCUGCGCGGGCCGGUUCGGUCAAGCCCGAUCUUCACGGACCAAAUCCGACGCGCCCUCCUGUCGAUCGAAACGGGUCUGCUCGGACCUGGGCUCGUGAGGCCUGGUCGGAUCGUGCGCGACUCAAGCGAGCCCGACCUGCGCGGGCCGGUUCGGUCGAGCCCGAUCUUCACGGACCAGAUCCGACGCGCCCUCCUGUCGAUCGAAACGGGUCUGCUCGGACCGGGGCUAAUCCGACGCGCCCUCCUGUCGAUCGAAACGGGUCUGCUCGGACCGGGGCUAGUGAGGGCUCGUCGGAUCGUGCGCGACUCAAGCGAGCCCGACCUGCGCGGGCCGGUUCGGUCGAGCCCGAUCUUCACGGACCAGAUCCGACGCGCCCUCCUGUCGAUCGAAACGGGUCUGCUCGGACCUGGGCUCGUCAGGGCUGGUCGGAUCGUGCGCGACUCAAGCGAGCCCGACCUGCGCGGGCCGGUUCGGUCGAGCCCGAUCUUCACGUACCAAAUCCGAAGCGCCCUCCUGUCGAUCGAAACGGGUCUGCUCGGACCUGGGCUCGUGAGGGCUGGUCGGAUCGUGCUCGAUUCAAGCGAGCCCGACCUGCGCGGGCCGGUUCGGUCGAGCCCGAUCUUCACGGACCAAAUCCGACGCGCCCUCCUGUCGAUCGAAACGGGUCUGCUCGGACCGGGGCUAGUGAGGGCUCGUCGGAUCGUGCGCGACUCAAGCGAGCCCGACCUGCGCGGGCCGGUUCGGUUGAGCCCGAUCUUCACGGACCAAAUCCGACGCGCCCUCCUGUCGAUCGAAACGGGUCUGCUCGGACCUGGGCUCGUGAGGGCGCGUCGGAUCGUGCGCGACUCAAGCGAGCCCGACCUGCGCGGGCCAGUUCGGCCAAGCACGAUCCUAAUUUAUUAUUAUUUAUUAUUACGAUCCUCACGGACCAAAUCCGACGCGCCCUCCUGUCGAUCGAUACGGGUCUGCUUGGACCUGGGCUAG